AUCAGGAAGAAUGAACGGCUGAGAUUGUGGAAUUCAAAAUUUGAAAUCGUUGAGGGGCAUAACAGUCAAUCGGCAAGAAAUCUAGAGUCAGCUAGGGUUUCGUGUACGGCUGGCUUUCCAAAUAUUUCUGUUGAGAUAUAUAAAACGAUUAGAUCAGCCCACAGAAAAACACACACUACACACAUUCACUCUCUCACUCACUCACAAUAACGGCCCAUCCACUUCCCACUGAUCACUCUCUCUCUCUCUCUCUCUCUCUCUCUCUCUCUCUCUCUCUCUCCCUCCUACCCUUUUCUAAUCCCCCCCUGAUCACUAAAAUCCCAUCCCUUCCCUUUCUCUCUUUUCAAUUUCUUUUGUUCAAUUUGAUCAUGUCAUCUUCUGAGUGACCUUCUCUCGCACCCUCCAACACUACUCUGUGGGUUUUUUUUUUUUAAUUACUUUGGAUUAUUGAAGAAGUAAUACUCUGCUUGAUGAUAUGGAUCUGAAGGUAGAUAAGAAAGCAGAUUCGGAGGAGAAAAACAUCAACAGCUCUUCGUUGAAAAGUUGCAGCGACUGUCACACUACCAGAACUCCCCUAUGGAGAGGCGGACCAGCUGGACCCAAGUCAUUGUGCAAUGCUUGCGGGAUCAAGUAUAACAAGAAGAGGAGGCAGCUUCUGGGAUUAGAUACAGGAAGAAGUAACCGGAAAAAGAAGAGAACAAGCGUCAGUCGGAGUGAUCAAGUUGGAGAGAUACUGAAAAUGCGAUUUAUGGCGUUGGGAAGCGACAUGGUUCUGCAGAGAUCAGGAAAACUGAUGAGCAAGUUGCGAGAGGAAGAGCAAGCGGCUAUACUGUUGAUGGCUCUCUCUUGCGGAUCUGUUUAUGCUUAGGGAGUAGUACCUCAAGUUGAUGCGGUUGUACCAGCGAUUUCGAAAUUUGAAAGGGAAAAAAGAAAUGAUUCUAACCCAUUGUAAUCGAUUUAAUGAUAGGAUGCACUGAUGUAAUCACUAACAAUGAUUAUUUUGGACAUGUUUUUUUUUUUUUUUUUUCCUAGUAGGAUUAAUUUCAUAUUUGACUUGUGCUGCUGUUAUUAUAUUGUGGCUGUGACGUCGCACUCUUUGUUGGUAGAAAACGAGAACCACAAAUGGGACUGUAAUCACAUUUUCUCUUCA